UCUCAAUCAAUCUCUUACAAAUUUCUAAAAUGUACACACUUCUCACGUUCGCGCAAUAAAUAGUGAGUCAUAAUUAAACCUGAAAUACGCUAGGCCUUGCAACAAUGAAGGUUAUUGAACGCACCAACAUCUUCAAAAUCUGACAUGUGUUUCCUUUCAUUUGUUUAAUCUUAGUGAAGGAUUUUAACGUGAAUUUUAAGUUAUCAUCCUGUGUUCUGGAUAAAAUGAGGGGCUCUAUUCAAGCUACCUCUUUCCUGCGGCGCGGAAUCGCUCAGUCAAAUGUGCUACAAAACAAAUCAGGUGGCGGUGGGCAUCAAGGAGGGGCAUUACUCUGGAAACGCUUAACAUUCUUCGGAGCUUUUCCAGCGAUUGGCUUAUGCGCCGUCAGCACAGCCAUGGACAUCAAGAACCACCCGCAUGAUCCCCCGGAAUUCAUUCCUUACGAGCAUCUUCGAAUAAGAACCAAGAGGUUCCCUUGGGGGGACGGCAACAAAACGUUUUUCCAUAAUCCACACGCUAAUGCGCUGCCAGAGGGCUAUGAACCAGGUCAUGGUCCGGGAACUAAAAGUCAUGGUAAAUCUGAGAGCAAAAAAGGUGCGGAGAAAUCUGGAAACGGAAAGGAAAAAAAGGCUGAGAAGAAAGAGAACGGCAAUGGCAAGGAGGCGAAGAAGGAGGGAAAUGGGAAAGACAAGGAUAAACCCAAGGAAGACGCACCCAAAACAAAGGAAGUUUCAUUUGAUAAUUCCAUUGGAGACCUUAACGCUGCUGCGUCCUGGCCCCCAGUUAAUUUAGACAGGUCCAGUGCGCAAGACUCAAUGAAUCGACAGCCACACCAUCACCCUCGACCCGUCAACGCGGAUUAUCCCCCGAUGUAUCGCAACUUUCCAGAGUUACAGAACCCGCGCCAGGGUGGCCGUGCCAAGGAGAGGUUUUCAGACGAUCAUUAAGGAUCUCAUGUGAAGAACCUUUUAAAUUUAUGUGAACGAGUCUCUGCGCUCGAAGUACGAGCGAGAGAAUAAAUCCAUUCAUUCGGGAACA